AUGGAUUUGUUUGAUAGCGAUGAUGAUACGUGUAGUGUAAGCUCCUUCUUCAGCAUGCGGUCUGAGAGACCUCGCAUGGAUGAAGUUCAUGUUCACAAAGAUCUUAUGUUGGAUCAAUCCCUUGAUGCUCUCUAUGAGAAAAGGAGUUCAACAAGAGAGAAAGCUUUGGCAUCCAUUGUCGAAGCAUUCAAGAGUGAUAUGCAACAUGAGUUCUUGCAAAAGAACUUUGCCACUUUGUUGCAUCAAUGUUUACACUGCAUCAAGAAAGGUUCCACUAAAGAGUCCUCACUAGCAUCACAUGUUAUUGGGUUGCUAGCUUUGACUGUUGGACUUGGGGAUCAAGCACAAGAGAUUCUGGAAGAAUCUGUCACUCUUCUUUCUCAAGCCCUUAAAUCUGGCCGUGAAGCCUUGAAGAUAAAUUCGAUUCUUGAGUGCUUAGCAGUGAUAACCUUUGUUGGUGGAGCCAACGCAGAGCAAACCGAGAGAUCUAUGCAAAUCAUAUGGCAGAUGAUCCACCCUAAACUAGUUUCUAAUGUUGUUGCAACCAAACCUUCAGCUGAUGUAAUAACAACUGUUGUCUCUUCUUGGGCGUUUCUUCUCACAACAGUUGAUAGAUAUACCCUAGGUCCCAAAAUUUUGCAAGAGACCGUAACGUAUCUCUCCACAUUGUUGGAAAAUAACGACCGAUCUGUACGUAUAGCUGCUGGUGAAGCUCUUGCUCUUUUAUUUGAGAUGGGAACUCUAGAGAAGUUUGAUGCGGAAGCCAAAGGGUCUGAUAAUGGAUCAGUGGAAGAAGGAAGUGUGUCUGAGGAGGCAUUGAUAAAGAUGCAUAAAUUGAUAUCUAAAGUCACUAAUCAAUUUAGAGACCUCGCUGCAGAGGCAGGUGGUAAAGGUUGUGCUAAGAAAGAUCUCAACACGCAACGAAGUUUGUUCAAAGAUCUUGUUGAAUUUCUUGAGGGUGGAGUUGCACCUGAAACCUCUACAAAGGUUGGAGGAGCCUCUAUACAGACGUCAACGUGGUGCCAGAUGAUACAGUUAAAUUAUUUGAAGCAUUUCCUUGGGGGUGGCUUUAUCAAGCAUAUGCAGGAGAAUGAGUUUCUACACGAUGUGUUUAGUUUCACUCCAAAGAAGAUUCGUGGACACUCUACUAAGUCUGAUGAAGAACUGGUUUGUUUUUGA